CUUCGGCAGCCAUAGCAAUGGCAGCAGCAGCAGCAGGCAAUCAGGUCCACAACGUGUUUGUCUACGGCAGCCUGCUCGCUGAUGACGUUGUUCGUGCCCUCUCGAGUCGCAUCCCUCAAUCCUCUCCAGCCAUCCUCAACGGCUAUCACAGGUUUAGCAUAAAAGGGCGUGUCUACCCUGCAAUUUUACCUGUGGAGAGCAAGAAAGUCUCAGGCAAGGUUCUACAUGGCAUCACGGAUCCAGAAUUAUACAUUUUAGAUGAAUUUGAGGAUGUUGAGUAUGAAAGAGUCACUGUUGAUGUUUCUUUGAUGGUAGCUGCUAUAGGCAUUGGUCUGGGGUAAAAAAGGUUCAAGAGGAGGGGAAUGCUAGAAUAUGAAUCGCGAACCAUGAGUUCCAUUUUUGCUUUCAGCAAGUAGCAAACAGCAAAAAGUGAAACAUUAAGGCAAUGGUGGAUGGCUUUGUUUCGUACCCCGAUUGUGGUGUCAAAGUCUUGAUCAGUCCAAGCUAGUUUCCUUUUUUUCACCAUCCAAUAAAUUCCGUUAAUUAAUUGGUCGCUGCCAGGGACAAAUAACCUCGUUUGCAAAUUGAAAUGGAAUAGGUACUUCCCUAUCGUCAUUUCUGCUCUGAGAUUGUAAUUAUCAUCAUAAUCCUUUUUAGGCUGCUAGAAUAGGCUGCAUGUCUUUCUUUUCCUAACAUGGUAGCUAUUUUUAUUCUUUGGCCAUUUGUCUUGAAGUUACACUCAUUGAACUCUCAAGCCUAUUACCAAGGGCUUGUUGUGCUUCGUGCUGAAGUACUUUUGCUCUAAAACUGUGAGAAUCUAGUAGUCUAAAAAUGAUAAAUCUUGUCAUCGUACCUGUUCUUA